GUCAAUGUCAGAUAAACGUCAAAUCGUCAACAAAAUUCGUAAAAUUAUCCAAAAGGAUUUGGUUAAACUCAUUUAUUUGUUGGUAUGGCAAAGAAAUGUCGAAAUGUAAGAAGAACUUACACGACUGCUUGGUACUGUAGUAUUCUCAAGAAAAUAAACGUGCAUUUAUGAAAUAAUAACACUGUGAAAUCAAGUUAAAAGUUUGGGUUAUUCAUUUGAAAAAGUGAUCAAGACUACCGGCUUGUUUACAAUGAUUUCUCAAAUAGUUGUAAUUGUAACAACUGUUAAAUUACUAUUUAUUCCACUAUAUCAUUCCACAGACUUCGAAGUCCAUCGAAACUGGCUGGCUAUCACACAUAACUUGACACUAGACAAAUGGUAUUAUGACAAUACUUCAGAAUGGACCCUGGAUUACCCACCAUUCUUUGCAUGGCUGGAGUUUGUGAUGUCAUUUGUUGCCAAACAUUUCGACCCGCAAAUGCUGUACUUAACUAAUUUGAACUACAAAUCUGAUAUGACUAUACUAUUCCAAAGGCUGUCCGUUAUUUUUUUGGAUUUUGUGUAUGUCUACAGUGUAAAGAGGUUGUCCAGUUUCAUUGGUGAUGGGAAGCUUCUGGUUUUCAUAUUAUUGAUGUCCUGUCCAGGUCUGUUGAUGAUAGACCACAUACACUUCCAGUACAAUGGAUUCUUAUUUGGAAUUCUUUUAUAUUCCAUAUCACAUAUAAUAGAAAAUAAUUGUCUGAUAGCAGCAUUUUGGUUUGCAGUGCUGUUGAAUUUGAAGCACAUAUUUUUGUAUGUGGCUCCUGUGUACAUUGUGUACUUGUUCAGGGCAUAUUGCUUUACAAUAUCUUCAGUUGAUGGUGUCCAUACUCCUUGGUACUCAUUCUCUUUGACAAAUCUCUUUAAACUGGCAUUCACAGUGAUAUUUGUCUUUGGACUCUCAUUUGGACCUUUUAUUUAUCAUAUUCCACAGAUUCUUUCGAGGCUAUUUCCCUUCAAAAGAGGAUUAUGUCAUGCUUAUUGGGCACCUAACUUUUGGGCGAUAUACAACUUUGUUGAUAAGGUUCUACAAACUAUUGGUACAAAAUUAGGACUACUGCGGAUCCCAAGAGCUGAAGCGUCCAUGACGGGAGGACUGGUACAGCAGUACGACCAUGCAGUGUUACCAUCAAUCACUCCAACCAUGACCAUAGUUCUAACUGUCGUGACGAUGAUACCAGCACUCAUUAAACUGUGGCAUUUGUGCGCUGAUAGAAGAUACAGGGUGUUAAGUUUUGUAAGGUGUAUGGUGGUCUGUGCGGCUUGCUCCUUUUUGUUCGGCUGGCACGUUCAUGAAAAGGCCAUACUGAUGAUCCUGGUGCCGUUGACUUUCCUCUCAGUACUGGGCGACGUUGACGGCAAACAAUUUUUAAUUUUAACAACAGUCGGAAACUAUUCUCUAUUCCCACUGCUAUAUCCAAAGAAUUUAUUCUCCAUUAAGUUUUUCAUAUUAUUGACACAUGUAGCUUUAGCUUUUGUUAAUAUUAGAACUUUAUAUGAACCUGCAAAAGUUAAAGGCGGUAGGAGGAUAAGAGUACUUCGCUUGCCUAUGUUGAGGCAAAUAGAGUCUUUAUAUUUAUAUGGUUUAAUAGUACUUUGUGUGUACGAUAAUGCUAUUCAUGCGCUCUGGGGCUUAGACAAAACGUUGCCAUUCUUACCCCUAAUGCUUACAUCCGUAUAUUGUUCGGUAGGAGUGAUAUACGUAUGGCUUUGUUAUUAUUAUUAUUUCUUAACGUUCAAUGUUAGUCAAGUCCCCACAGUAUGCUCGGUUAACUUAGCAGAAAAAUAUAAAAAGACGAGUUAAAUUAUACAGAUAUAUAGUUGUUACUACCGUAGUGGACAUGUUUAAAUUGAAAUCGCGAUUAAUAUAAAGAGAAAAACUAUUUUGGAAGACUAUUAGACAUACAUAAUAGAAUUGCUAGAAGUUGUAGAAGAAGUUAUAUUGUUUCAAUGAUUACCCUAAUCUCCAACAGGACUCAAAGCUACACUAGCGCCAAAUGAUGAACAGUAAAAGUAAACUUCACUCCUAUUGUGGGUAAUUAAUUUUGUAUUCUUUUUUAACGUGUCCAUGCUCUGGUUGUUUGCUGUGUAUUGCUUUUCUCAUUCCACAAACAAUUGAAUAAAAAAAAAUCAAGCGAGAAAUUACCACUUAAGGGCCUUUUCACACGUUUCUGUUGGCGUAUAGUUGGAGCCGGGAAUCUAGUGGCGAAGUAUAUUUAGUUAUGUGCGUUAGCUUUCGCAUAUUCCGGUACGUUUUAACUUAAAUUUGCCGCCGGAUAACCGCCAACCGGAGCGUGUGGAAAGGGCCUUAUUCCGUUAUCGAACGUAUUUCGAAACCUAACAUUGAUUGUAUGUACUUUACUUCUAAGUAAUGUCUACUAGUCGUAUUAUAUCUGAAAAUACGUUGCAUGGUGCUGGUAGGGACUGAGUAAUAUAGGUAAAUACCCUGGACCCUCCAGCUUUUACAUAUCCAUUUCAUCAGUUUAGGAUAGAGACAGAUUAGAUAGGUAAUUGUUGGUUGCUUGCUACCUUAGACUAUCCAAAGCAGUCUAGUGGUAUCUUUACUACAGAAAAGGUAAAGAUACCGGGUGAGUUCGGGUCUUUCGAUUUUAUUACAAAGCAUUAUAAUUGAAAAUAUACUUAUUAAAGAAAGUCUACAUGAGAUAGCUGUAGCUAUAAAACAACUUUUAAAACGCCAAAGUAGUCCAGCCCCAGCAACUUCGACAAAAAUUAGUCAAAAUGCAUUGAUCGAUUUUCAACCAUAUUCCUUUCGAAUAAAGUUAAAAAUGUAUUAGCUGGACCGAUUUUUGUCGAAGUAUUCGGAUUAUCCGUUAUAUUACAUUGUUGUAAGCUUAUUCGUAGUGAGAACUGAUGAUUUUAUAUAGAUUUAGAAUUAAGUCAAAGUUUGCUUGUAAAUGAAAUGUGACGCAUGUAAAUAUUGCUGUUCAAUGGACGACAGAAGGAAAAUAAACGUUUUGUAAAUCAAUAA